AGCAAGAAUUCCCCAAUCGUCUGUGUCAAGCUGACACAUUAGUACAGCACGCUUCUCGCUUGAGUUCUAAAACUAUUUCCAUCACAAGGCUAGUUGCCUUUAGUACGUGUUAGUAAUAAUUUCAAGUUAGUCAGCGAAACAGUGAAAAUAGUGCUUUCGAUCAAAAUAUCGGUUAACAUAAACACCAAAGUGGCAAAAUUGAAAUACACAAUACACUACAAAAUGCAAUUGCCUUGAAAAUGCAAUGAUUAUGCAAUGUACUGUUAAAUUAUUUAAAUAUCAAAAAAAAAAAAAUUAUUAAAAAAAUUAUUGAUGAAAGUUUUAAGAAAUAAUGUGUCUUAUUCUCAAAAACAAAAAUGCAAUUUUCAAAAUGGUAUUAAAUUUUAAGUGGCACUUGUAUUGCUUGCCUAAAUAUAUGCAAUACAAAUAAUGAUGAACAUGAAAAGUAUGCUACUUAAAAAACUACAAAAAAUCUACGGAAGAGUUAACAUACCCACAAACGAAUUUAAGUGAUUUUUCCAUUCCAUCAGUAAAAGGAUAAUCUCAUAAAACAACAACAUAUCAUUAAAUGAAUCAUAAAAACGACAAGAGGAAAUAAUAUUGAAAAUAUAAAACUUUGAAAAAUCUGCAGUUAACAAACAUCAUAAAAAAAUAAAAUGUCACUUAAAGGUUAUGCCAUGUUGGCGGCCAUUUAUCACAAUCAUCACAGCAGCAAUAGCAACAGUAAAAACAGCAAUGUAAGUCACAAUGGCAACAAUAGCACCUCCAACUACAACUACAGCACUAACAACACUCAAAGUACAACUGAAGCAACAGUGCCCACAGCAUCGUCAAACGCAACCUUAGGCACCGAAAAGGCGCUCGCAAUAUAUCCUUUUGUCAAAAGCAACAAAUCAACAAAGCAGCAAAAACAAUCAGAGGCCAGGAUGACAAGGACGACAAGGACGAUAACAAAUGCCACAGCCACAGCCUCAGCAACACCAACAACAGCUUCAGCAAACAAGCGAACGGUAACAGCGACAGCAUUGUCAUCUGUUGCAAAGGCAACAACAGCGACAUCAGCUAAAAAUGUUACUCAAGAGGUACGGCUGAAUCCUUACCACCGCAAUAGCCUCAACAGUGAUCGUUUGGAGCCUUUAGAUGGUAAUGCUAUUGGUGCUGAACAUCAUCAGCAGCAUCAGCACCAAACUUCAUUGCAUCAUCGUCCUCAUCGUCAUUUUCAACUGCCUCAGAGCCCGCAGCAACAACAUCAAACGAAUAGUAAUAGCGGCAACAUUUAUGCAGACAGUGUUGAAGAUGAAUCGGCCGAGGAUGAGGACGCCGAAGAGGAUAAUGCCACUGCCGAUAGCCGCGAUGAACUAAAUGGCCGCCAAAGACCCGUCAACACUUUCUAUGGCAGUGGCUUUGGCAUUUUCCAUCAACAACGUUCCAACAUGGGUGGAGCUGGGGGCAAUGGUGGUAUAGCUCUGAUAACCGGCAGUAGCAGUUCUGGCCUGGGCAAUGGUUCCUUCUCGAAUAGCAUUAAUACGAAUGUGAAUCUUCUAUUGGGCGGUGCUAUGUUAACAUUGAUUACCACCAUUUUGUGUGUAGUUUGCUAUUGUUGCCAUCGCAACAUAAAGAAACGCACCGAAGCUGCCUAUCGCCAACAGCGGCAAUGGCUGGAAAACGAUCCAAAUAUGGAAAUCUAUAGUGUGGAACAGUGCUACGAGACAUCUGGCCUCUUUGUUGGAGAUUCCAUGGACGGUUUGGCCACCAUACCUGCCCUGCAUCAUGAGCCACCGCCCUCGUAUGAUGCUGUUGUGGCAAUGCAAGAACAGCAACAAAUGUUAUUGCAGCAACAACAGCAUUUGUUAAUGCAACAAUUACAAAAUAAUUCCCCCCCACCGGGCUAUAGGUCGUCGCUGGAUGUCAGCUGUAUAUUGGCGGCUCGGGCUGCAGCCCUUACCCCAGCUGUGCUGGGCAUGGGUUCGAGCGACACCAAUUCCCUAACAGCAUCCUCUGUCAAUGUGCGAACGACAAACACCCAUACAGGUCGAACGCCGCCCGAUGGCACUGACUGCAAUGGCAAUCAUUCAGAUCUUAGCUCGAUAAUGCCCACAACUUCGGCAGCUGGCCACCAAAUGCAGCAGCAAAAUUUUUUACGUGUCGCCGCCAACAAUAAGCAGAGACAACGCAAUCUGCCCACAGCUAAUCUGGCGAAUUUCAAUAUGAAAAAGGUGCUGCAGGCCCAGUCGUGCUGUUCCCUGCAAAGGGCCGAAGUGGAAAAUAUGUGGAAUGCUGCAGCCGCUGCACUGGCAGCCCGAUCCAAUCACAUAGCCAAUGAUGCACGAGGCACUGCCUCCACCAGCUCGCCCACUUUGGUGAUGCAGAAUCGCAAGUUAUCCACUACCCAGGCGAAUUCCCAGACACCGGAAACCUUUGGCAGCCGUUAUUUGAAACAACAGAGAAAUUAUUACAGACGUGGCUGUCCUUUGUGCGGCAAGUUUCGCUACGAUAACGAAUCGAACCUUUCCAUAUCGAUUGAGAGCGAUUUGGAUACAAUGGCCCCAAGUGGAAGCAGUACCGAGGCAGGAGAUUCAAAUCGCAACAACAAUCUAGGCGAUCCUUGUGAUAGAGAUGAUAAUCUUGAUUGUCCCUUGACGAGGGACAACGCAGCCGAUGAUGGUUGUGAGGACGGCGAGGAUGAUGAGUGUUCAUGUUUAAAUGGGAAUCGAAGGCAUUUGAGGCAGCAGACAGCUAGAAAUUCGGAGGCCUUAGCAGUGGCCAUAGUCAAUCCCAAUGGCAAUGCAAACAACAACAACAAUACAACACAACUAGGCAAUACCAAUGAUGACAAGGAAGAUGACUCUGAAGACAUUGAGCUAAUGUCAGCAUCGGAUAUAAAUGCCAAUCGAACUGAAGCCAAGGCAAAUUCGAAUCCCUCGAAUGCUAAUGUCAUGGGCCACAACAACAACUAUGGCCCUGAGGAACCCUCAUGUUCCAAUAGCCUUAUGCUACAUGCCAAAUCCACAAACCCAUCUACAGAGGCAGAGGCGGCUGCAAGUACGACGGCGAACACAACGCCAGCCACGACCAUAGAUCUGGAUUGCAUCAAUGAGAAUGGCAUCAUUAGCUUGGACAUGAGCAAAAUUAUCGAUAAAACCGGUUUACCCACCUACGAUGCAGCCUUAAAACUGGAAUCCAGCGGCUAUGUUUGAUUUUAAGCAGCGCUCAGAGGCCUACAACCAUUUUGAGCAGCAUUCCAACAGUGUCUCCAAUUUGAUUUUUUUUUCUCCCUCCCUCACACAAAAUGUCAGAAAAUGAAAAACACAAAGAAAACCCCUACACAAAGUGCUUUAUAGUAUUAAAACAAAGACAAAAAUGUAUACAAAAUUAAAUUUAAA